CACGUCAGGAACUCAUUUGGCCAGCAGAGCUCGAUGAGAUCCGUGUAAGCGUUAAAGCGCCGACAUGACUGCGGACAGGAAUUCCGCGUGGUGUAAUCCUCGGAAUGGAAUGGCACAGGAUGACGUUGUGAUGAAAUGGGAUGGCUUGGUCGUGCUGCAAACCAAAUAUUAGCUCUGCAGCUGCACUGUUUUUCAAUUAAACUAGCUGAAUGCUCCUUCAGUCGUGCAUUAAAAUGAAAAUUUAAUCACGCCAACGGCCAUGGCUGCGAAAUGAAUCACAUUCGCUGACCUGAACCUGAACCCCACGACUCCUCGAUCGGGCAAAAGGAAAAAUGCGAGGCUGAGGCCAUGGAGGCGCAUACGUAUUGUGAGGAAAUAUGUAAUUAAAUUUUUCUCCCGUAUGUCA